UGUUUGACAUGUUUGACCAGGUGUGUCACGUCAUGAAUACCAGGUGAUUCAACCAAUCCUGCUUUCAUUUUGCGACAGUUCUACGAAUAGGGAGGUGUAGGCUGGCUGGCACUGACUUGCACAAGUAUGAAGAGAAAUCCAACACAGUCCUGAGAGAGAGGAGGGAAACGGCAGCAGUCUGACUUCUGAUGAAACAAGGAGAACGACCUGCGCACACACAAACACCUGCUAAAAGGACAGAGGAAGAGAAAACAGCCCCUGGGAAUGAGGAACUGCUGUUUUUAAGGGAGAACGACAGAGAGGAGAAUACACUGCAGAAUGUGAAAUAACCCGGAGGAGAUUCUUCUCUUCGGGUCAUCAAAUGGGUCUGGGAUUCCAAUGUGGCAUUUAAGGCUCUGGGAUGUACAAGAUGUUGCUGUGUUUCUCAGCAUCACAUUGUAUAUAUGUCACCUAGCUGGAGCCAUCUCCAUCCACUCUCCCCAGAGGAGCCUCACGCGGUCAGUGCAGGACGAUGUGUUCUUCUCAGUGGAUGUUACCUGCAACGGGAUCCCCACCAUACAAUGGACCUUUAUGUCAGGAGCGGUGAGCCGCACCAUAGGGACUUGGGAGCCCGGGGUGUACACCAACAUAACGGUGGAUUACAGCAGCAGAGUGCAGCCUUACUACAACGGCUCUAUGGGCCUGUCCGACCUGCGGCUGCAGGAUGCUGGGUACUACGUGGUCACUGUCACAGACACGACAGGGAGCAGCAAGGACGCUGGCUUUGUCCUGAAAGUAAACGAGGUUAUUUACGAGGAUCUCCAGUACCUGUCUGUCUCUGCCUUGGCGCUGGCUUGUUUGGCCGGGCUUCUCAUGCUGACUAUGUGGCUUCUGGACAAGGCCUACAGGAAGAUAAAAGCAUGGAGACGAAGGAAACAGAUGCCAGAAACUAAUGCAACAGAGCUGCAGCCUCUUUGACAGACGUCUAGCCGUGUACCCGACAUCAAAAGACACCCGAGACUGUUCAAACAUGUCAGUGCUGCAACACAAGGACUACUUUGUGAAAACUAUGUGCUUAGUACAACUUUUCUUUUGUGAAGCACAUAAAAGCCAGAAAGACGGCUCAUUAAUUAUGAAAACUGUUUACGUUUUGUAUAGCACAUGCUUGUAUUUGCAGCACACUGCUGAUGAUGAUGAACCUGGAUAAAUGUAAAUAUGUUACUCAAAAAUCUGAAAAAAUACAAACUGUAUUUAUUGUCAAUGAUAA